AUGGCAUUCUACCUAUCGUCCAUUUUGAACGCCGGCGCCUUCUUCGGUUGUUAUAUUUUUGGCCUUGGCGCCGAUCGCGGCCUUGGCGCCUUCAAUGCACUUACAGUGGUUGCCAUCGGCUGCGCUGUGACGGCCUUUGGCUGGAUUGGCACACAAAAUAACGCAGGCCUCAUUAUAUGGACUGUCAUUUACGGAUUCCUGUCUGGUGCCGUUCAAGCUCUAUUUUCGCCGUGCAUCUCCAUCCUGGCGCCAGAGCCAGGAUUGAUCGGUACCUGGAAUGGUAUGAGUCUUCUAGACACCCUUCAACUCAACCGCAUUAACAAAAUUCAACUAGGUAUCUGUAUCACUGUGGUCUCAUUUGCUGUUCUUGGGGCCGGACCAAUUGCCGGACGGUUGUAUGACAAUGCGCUUGGCACCUACCUCUCCAUGCAACUGUUCACUGGGGUGUUCUUGACUGUUGCCAGCGUUUUGUAUUUGGCUACCCGCCUCACAGUUUCCCACGCACUCGUUGUGUGA